AUGGCUUGGCGGCGAUCUUUAAAUAAAACCCCUGCCGCGGUCAGCACUGCGGUCGAAGGCCAGGGGCAGACCGCAACUGUUAGCGGGAAGUAUAUCGGCGAGACCGGAGGCAAUAAUGCGACAACAACGUACCAAGAUGCAUCUGGUGCUCCAGUUGAGCACAACUCGCCCUUGGGAUACUCUGUCGGCCCCGUCACAAUUACCUUACUGAACAUCACAAUGAUGAUCGGCGCUGGUAUCUACUCCACACCAUCAUCUAUCCUGUCCGGUACGGGCUCGGUCGGUGUUACUCUUGUUUAUUGGACCCUCGGUUACUUGAUUUGUCUCACGUCUGGAGCUGUGUACCUUGAGUUUACGGCAUACUUCCCCAGUCGAUCGGGUUCAGAAGUCGUUUUCCUCGAACAAGCUUACCCUAAACCAAAGUGGCUCUUUCCAACUACCUUUGCGUUCCAGAGCGUCAUUCUUUCUUUUGGAGCUGCCAAUGCAACAGUUAUGGCCAACUAUCUCAUCGCCAUCUCCGGGCACUCGGGCACCGACUGGCAGAUUAAAGGGACUGCUGUAGCAUGUUAUACUGUUGCUACCUUGGUACUGGUGUUUAACACGAAAUACGCAUAUUGGUUCUCAAAUGCUGUUGGAAUUGUGAAGAUUUGCACCCUUCUCUUUGUUAUAGUCACUGGCUUUGUUGUUUUGGGUGGCAACACUAAAGUUAAGAACCCUAAGGCCAAUUUCCAAGACGCGUGGUCAGGCAGCUCUACAGCUUCUGCAUACGGGCUUACUACUGCCUUGUACCGUAUCACUUUCUCCUACGGAGGUUACAAUAACGCUUUCAAUGUUGCCAACGAGGUCAAGAAUCCCGUCAGGUCACUCAAAAUCUAUGCCACCACUGCUCUUACAGUGGUUUAUGUGUUAUACAUGUUCGCAAACGUUGCAUUCUUUGCUGCUGUUCCUAAGGAUGAGAUCGAAAGCUCUAAGCUCACGAUUGCAAGUCUGUUCUUUACAAAGGUCUUUGGUAACAGCGGUGCGGUUCGUGGCCUCAACUUCCUCAUUGCAUUGGCUUCCUUCGGUAACAUGAUCGCCGUGAUAAUUGGCAUAUCUCGGCGCAUCAGAGAAUGCGGCCGACAAGGAGUUCUACCUUGGACGACGUUCUGGGUCUCGACUAAGCCCUUCGGCACGCCCUUAGGUCCGUACCUCGUCAUUUGGGGUCUGACCAUGUUGAUGAUCUUAGCCAUCCCUGCCGGAGACGCCUUCACUUUCAUUAACGAUUUAAGCACCAUCCCUUCUGCUGCCUUUAAUCUUGCAAUGGGUGUUGGUAUCUACGUUGUUCGCUGGCGCCGAAAGAACGCCAACCUUCCCGAACCCGAAUUCAAGGCCUGGCAUUUCGUGAUCAUCUUUAAUAUUCUCAUCCAGCUCUACCUCCUUGUGAUGCCCUGGUAUCCCCCCAGUGGUGGUCAGUAUGCUGGUGAUGUCAGCUUUUGGUAUGCAACGUAUGCCGUGACGGGAGUUGCAAUUCUUCUUGCUUGUGGCACCUAUUACUAUUUCUGGGCCUUCCUUAUUCCCAAAUGGAAGGGCUACAAACUGCGACAGGAAGUUAUCAGCCUAGACGACGGUGUUCAGAGCAACCGGCUUAAAAAGGUCCCUGUCGCUGAGAUCUCAGAAUGGGACGCGACACACGAUGCGGCUGGCCGUCUCAUUGAGUCGCCAGUUGAGAUUCAGGUUCAGGUAAAAGGUAUCGAUGUGUGA